UAAAGAGAUAGAGGGAGAGGGAGUACCGGAAAGUGUCAGUACUCUACGAGAACAAGCGACCGAUAGCCGGCAAGGAAAUCUACUACCAGAUAGCCCUCAAUGGGGAAGCUCCUCAAAGGAAACCCAGUAGUAGGCGGUGUCGCCUGGCAGAAACUCUGACGUCUCCAAAUUCAUCCACGCCCGUCCGGCGACGACACGAGUUCCAGCUGCCACAGCCCAUCACACACCCACCUCACAUCCCACCGCCACCAUGGCCCCUCACGCCGAUGAACACGAUUACCACCCCCAGGAUGCGCUCCAGGCCACCCUGAAGACCACCAUGCUCACUGGUGGAGCGGGUCUUUUCGCCUCCGCCGUCCAGAACACCCUGACCAGAAAGAACGUCGGACCGUGGGGUGUGUUCACGAGGACUGGCGGCACAAUCGGUAUCUUCGCCGCGAUGGGAGGUACCUACGCCUUCGUGAAGACCGCUUCCGCCAACCUUCGUCAAAAGGAAGACCACUACAAUGUCGCGCUGGGAGGUUUCUUCUCCGGUGCUAUUCUGGGACUUAGACUCCGCACUUUCCCCGCAGUCCUGGGCUAUGGUGUUGGCCUGGCCGUCACCCUCGGCGCUUUCGAAUACACCGGCGGUUCGUUCUUCGGUCAGAGGCGGGAUCCCAAUGUCGACGAGUUCGAGCGCCGGGAGCGGAUCAGAACGGCAUACAGAACCUCCGGGGAGGACACCCUUGCUCAGCUGGGUGAGGGACGAGGUAUCUACGGCCCUGGGUAUGCCGAGAGACGGCGGGAGAGAAUCAAGGAGGCGUACGGUAUCGAUGUUUCCACAUCCUCCGCUCCUGCAUCAUAGAAACGGUUUCAUUGAAUUUUCCUCUUGCGCAGUCUUCCCUUCCCCCCAUUCCCGAUAUAUUCUUUUGUGUAAAAUUAUUGCGUUACCCAGAUGCCGUUCAGCUAGCAGAUUUGGCACGUCCCCACGAAUGCACUUUUUUCCUUACUUGUGUUCUGAUCUUCGCCGAGGGAGAAGGUAUUUCAGCGCAAGUGAUCGCCCAGUGCGGAUUCUAUCUACGUUUGAGGCCCGAAUUGAAGAGAAGGAAGGUCGUCACGAAUUGAGUGAAGUAAGAGCUAGAGGUUCGGCAUGCCGCCCGAUCUUCUCAGCGAUGUAGAGAACAAUGGCCCCUGCUUCGAGUUUCACCAUAUUAGUCGUCACGCUUUCACCCUCAAAUGGUUCAAUUGCAUGCUAGCC